AUGGCGAGCGAGUGCAUUGUUCGUCUCCGCAACGAAGGAAGCAUCGAAAGCAUUCGUUACUUCGAAUGCAGAAGAACCUUGAUGGAAGUGCUCCGUGACAGAGGCUACAACGUUUCCGAAUCUGACCUCACUCUCACUCUUCCCGAGUUCCGUUCAAAGUUUGGACAGUAUCCUAAGCCUGAAGCCCUUGGUGUGAUCGUUUCUCAUCGCUCUAACCCCUCCAACAAGGUGCAGGUUAUAUUUAGAGGAACUGAUAUUAUAAAGAAAAAAGCAUUGAUGGAAAUAUACAGCCAGAUUGUUCACCUUGAAAAUCUGAGUAGGCUGAUACUUGUUGUGCAAAGUAAAAUGACUGCUUAUGCACGUAAAGAUUUGGAAAUCUGUCAAUAUAAUGUUGAGAUUAUACAAUUGAAUGACUUGGUGGUCAAUGUAACAAAACAUGUGCUGCAGCCAAAGUAUGAGAUAUUGACUGCUGAUGAGAAGCAAGAACUGCUCAAGAAGUAUAGGGUGGAAGAGAAACAGCUACCUCUCAUGCAAAGAACUGAUGCCAUAGCUAGCUACUAUGGGCUGGAAAAAGGACAAGUUGUCAAGAUCUCUCACAGUGGCGAGAUGUUUAAUUCUCUGGUAACCUAUCGCUGUGUUGUGUAA